AUGUCGCUGGAAACCAUCACCACCAUAUCCCCCGCGACAAACGCGCCGAUUGUCACCCGCACCGGGGUGUCAUCGGAGGAUCUGCGCCGCAUCCCCGAGGCGGCCCAGGCUGCGUUCAAGUCAUUCUCGCAGUCCACGACCCUGGAACAGCGACAAAAGAUCGUGACUCGGGCGUUGGAGAUCCUGGAGAGCAAGAAGGAUGAGCUGUCGCGCGAGCUCACCGAGCAGAUGGGCCGGCCCAUUGGCUACUCGGGCGUCGAGGUCAUGACGGCCAUCAAGCGCAGUCACUACUUGAACCGCAUCAGCACCUCGGUCCUGGGCGAUGAGGGCAUCGUGUCUGGGGAAGAAGAGAAGGGGUUUAGGCGGUAUAUCAAGCGGCAGCCUGUGGGCGUGGCGCUGAUUAUUUUUGCGUGGAACUACCCCUGGCUUAUCCUGGUCAACAGCCUGAUCCCCGCGAUUCUGGCUGGAAAUGCCGUGAUCCUUAAGCCCUCGCCGCAAACCCCUACAAUUGUCGAACAGGUCGCCUCCGCGUUUACCGAGGCCGGCCUGCCUAAGGAUGUGAUCCAGUUCCUUCACUGCGGGUCUUUCACGCUGCUGGAGACCCUGGUGCGGUCGCCGCUUGUUAACCAUAUCUGCUUUACAGGGUCGGUGGCUGGUGGUCUGGCUGUGCAGAAGGCAGCCUCGGACCGGAUUGUGAACGUGGGCCUAGAACUCGGUGGCAAGGACCCGGCAUACGUGCGAGACGACGUGGAUCUGGCUUGGGCGGCCGAAGAGGUCAUCGACGGGGCGAUCUUCAACAGCGGGCAGAGUUGCUGCGCGAUCGAGCGGGUCUACGUGCAUGAGAAGAUCUGUGAUGGCUUCAUCGCCGAAGUGAAGAAUGUGUUGAGCAAGUACCGUGUCGGUGACCCCUCCGAUUCCAAGACGCAGAUUGGGCCGGUCAUCUCCAAACGUGCGCGGGAGACCAUCCUGGCACACGUCGAGGACGCGGUCAAGCACGGCGCCAAGGACGAAACGCCCGCCAACGAGACUUUUGAGAACUUCCCGCCCAAUGGAAACUAUGUCAAGCCGACGCUGCUCACGGAUGUCAACCAUGACAUGCUCGUGAUGACGCAGGAGACUUUCGGGCCCGUUAUCCCCGUCAUGAAGGUUUCGGGCGACGACGAAGCGGUGCGGCUGAUGAAUGACAGUGAGUUCGGUCUUACUGCUAGCGUCUGGAGCAAGGAUGUCGCCGCGGCUGAGAAGCUUGUUGAGCGCGUUGAGGCUGGGACUGUGUUUAUCAACCGGUCCGAUUAUCCCAGUCCUGACUUGGCCUGGACAGGCUGGAAGAACUCUGGCCGUGGCGUUACUCUCAGUCGAUUCGGAUUCGAGCAGUUUGUCAAGCUCAAGAGCCACCACAUCAAGGAUUACCCGAAAUAG